UCGUACGUGUGCCGCUGAUAACAGGGAGAAAGGAAGUGCUGUCAUUGCAACAUCGCUGCCACGUCUAUAGGCUCCUCUGCAGCAGGAGCAGCUGGUCUGAGAACCAGGAUGGGCCGGUGCCUGGCGGUGGGGGGAGAAUGAGAGGAAACAACGAGCAGAGGAAGGAAAGAGGAAACACGUAGAGCCACAACACAGCACUCCCUGGCUGAAUGAAACCCGCGCGCAGCUCCAGCACGAAGGAGCGACCACUGCCUUCUGGAAGGCUCGGAGCUCUGUUGUUCGGACAGCACGGCUUGUUUCUGCGGGUUUCCCGGGUUCAGGAGGAGGGAGACACCCAUGCUAAGCUCAGGGACAAUGGAGGAAUUCGUGACCGAAGAGGAAGAGCCGUGGUACGACCAACAGGACCUGGAGCAGGACCUCCACUUGGCGGCAGAGCUGGGAAAGACUCUGCUGGAGAGGAACAAAGAGCUGGAGGAUUCCCUGCAGCAGAUGUACCUCACUAAUGAAGAACAAGUGCAAGAGAUCGAGUACCUGUCCAAGCAGCUGGAGGUUCUUCGGGAAAUGAACGAGCAGCAUGCCAAAGUGUACGAGCAGCUGGACGGGACGGCCCGAGAGCUGGAACGUACCAACCACACCCUGGUGAUGGACAGCAAGGGCUCCCAACAAAAGAUAGAGAGGUUAACAGGGACCAUUGAGACUUUGCAGAACCAGGUGGAGUCUCUCUCAGGCCAGGUGGAGCAGCUUCGCUCCAUGGAGCAGCUCCGAGUCAGGAGGGAGAAGCGGGAACGACGCAAGACCAUCCACUCUUUCCCUUGCCUGAGGGAGCUUUGCACAGCACCAAGAUACGAGGAUGAGUUUGUAGUGGGCCGGGCUGAGAGCUUUACAGUGGAUGCAAAGCGUCCACCAUUCGAAGAGGAGAACCAGCAUCUGAGAGAGGCGGUGUCGGCUCUACGAGCGGCUGCCCGGACCGAGCGGGGUCGUAGGGAAGGGGUGGAGAGGGAGUGCAACCUCCUUGUUGCAGAGUUCUCCCGCCUGCAGACACGGGUGCAGGACGCUGAGAGCUGCCAGGCGAGGGUGCGGGAGUUGGAGGUGGAGCUACAGGAGCUGCAGCAGCUACGUCGCGCUCGGACUUUCCUGCUGAGCAGCGAGGACGACGGCGUGGGUCUUACCCAGACCGUCCUCAACAGCACCCCGGAGACGGACACGUUCCUGGAAGUAGAGGUCGAGGAGGCCGGAGGAGGCGUGAGGGAGGAGACCGAAGGUGGAGGAGGAGCGGGAGGGGAGUCUCUCCCUGAGUCCAGCCCCGUGAGAAAAAGCUGCAGCGACACGGCGCUCAACGCCAUCGUGGCCCGCGACGCGUCCGGCCGCAGGAGGGGCAGCUACGCCCUCCACGCCAACAGUGUGAGGAAGAGAGGGAUGUCCAUCCUCAGAGAGGUGGAUGAGCAGUACCACGCCUUGCUGGAGAAAUAUGAGGAGUUGUUAGGGAAGUGCAGGCGCCACGAGGAGAGCCUGUGUCACGCCGGGGUCCAGACCUCCAGACCCGUCUCUCGAGACCCAUCCAUGAAAGACUGUGCAAUGGGCCCCACCCCAGCGCCUCCCCCUACCCCCACCCAGUCGCCCUCUACCCCUGAGGCCAUUGAGAGCAUUAGCAAGCAGGUGGAGGCAGUGGAUAAGAGGCUGGGACAGAACACUCCAGAGUACAAAGCCCUUUUUAAAGAGAUCUUCUCUCGUAUCCAGAAGACCAAGAUGGAUAUCAAAGCUACCAAAGCUGUUAAAGCUAGCAAAUCUGGCAAUGGUCAGUCUGGCAAUCUGUAACAGUAAUGGCACACUGGUUGGCUCCAGAGACGACGAUAGUGUGUUAUUUCAGUGUUAAGGAGUUUGUGGACAGGGACUUGGUGGACACAUUCUUAUAGAGGGUGCUUGUUCGAAAAACCGUUACAAAAAGUCAAAUUAGAGCGUGCAGUUUAACCUAGCACUGAAAUCUCGCAGCUUACACAAGAAUCUGAUUUGCAUGUGAUCAAUUAAAAAAACUUUGCAGAAUGUUACACUUCAGAAUUCCACACAUCGAUAGCUGUGUUGUAAUUCUGAUUGAACAUUAGGCUCAGAAUCACGUUCCGUCUCCUUUUAAACUGCUGUGUGGACAUUUGUCUUGUCCAUCAGUUUACUUAAAACUGGAAGGGUCGGAAAGGAGUAAGAACAAAAGAGCUUAAAACGUGGAUGGAUUUGUUAAGAACCGGAUUGAGUUCACCCCCUUCAUAUUCUUCUAUUACUACUUCUAUUCUACUGGCUUUGCUGCCUGACUACUCUAAUCAUAUACUACAAUAACAGCAAUAUGCCUCUCAUGAGCCUCACAAGUGCACUAAAUGUUAAAAGCUUCACAAAAUAACACUAGAAAAUUGCAUCUCUCAUUUUUCUGACGAAACCACGAGUGGGAAUCUGAAUCUAAUAUUAACAUGAACCGAAUCUGUUAAGUUUAUUCUAAUGGACUCUACUAACAUUUGUGUAAGUACAGUAAGAAAAGACAAAGAUUGAUCCUCUCAGGCCACACUGCUGUCUGUCUCAAAGGAACUCAAGGUGCUAAUAAUUCUCCACCCAUCUCAUAUAUUGCUAUACAAAUGGACACAGCUCAAAAUUUAAAAAAGCCUUUAGUGCGGAUGAAAUUAGAGGUUUGAGGGACAGCUUUCUUCCUUCUUGAUAAAAAGAUCGACACCAGUUUCUGCUCAGUAAAUACGAAGCUGCAGCCGUUUAGCGUGACUGUCAACAAUUAGACUGUUAAGGCUGUUCACAUUAAGUGAAAAGACAUGAGUGCGGUAUCGAUAUUCUCAUCUAACUGUCAGCAAGAAAGCAAAUGAACGUGUUUCCCUAAGUGUUAAACUGUGUGGAACUAGUGUUGAUAACAUUCAAAGUGCUCAGAUGCCAUUGGAGAGUUCAAGGAAAAAAAGGGACGCUAACUGUAAAGCUUCAGGAAAGCUAUACGACUGAAAAUUGAACUUACAUUUAUCAUUUUAGUCACUUCAGCUCUCUUAUGAGUCCUGAAGUGUGUCUUCAACUGGACUACGUGAGCCCAUGGGGGCACCAAUGAGACACAGGAAGCAUUGUUUAGUCAUAGUAGGGAGUGAUAGUUACAGUAUAGGCUACGCUUUUAGAUUUAGGAUUGAUGAUCCCACUAAAUGCUAAAAAGCUGCUGUCUUGCAAAAGACAAUCUCUGCAGAUUAGUUUCACUAUUUCCCGGGCAUUAUGGACACUUGUCAUACAGAAUAUAAAAACCCUGACGUUGAGAUGUCUAGUAAUGGUUUUGCAUCAUAUACAGUGUUUUUUGGGGGGGGGAACCGUUUUUGUUUCUACAUCUAGCAGACCAGGUAAUAAAAAAUAAAAAAAUAAAAAUAGCAAAAACCCAUGAACAAGAUAUGAUGACUUGAUUGUCAUUGGGAUUGU